AUGACUGUGGAAAAUAUAUGUUGUAUCUUAAGAAAUGAAUUUACAAUCUGGUCAACUUGCAUUUUAGAAGGAUAUGCAGGCUUUAUGGUAUAUCCCUUAAUUUUGAUAGCGAUUCUGAUAAUAUUAUAUUAUCCCUUUAUUUGGAUAUUUUCUGUGAUCUCUCUCAGUAAUGCAAUACUUUCUGUAUGGAAAAAAAUUGGUAAUCUGCCAGAAGAUAUCAAUAGCCAAAAAUGGGACAGGCCAAAGCAAUUUUUGUCACUGGCAGUACACUGGUUUGGAAAGCUACUGCACAGUUAUGAGAUUUCUGGAUUAGAAAAUCUACCAGAAGGACCAGCAAUCCUUGUUUAUUACCAUGGAGCCAUGUCAAUUGACUAUUAUUUAUUUACUCAAAGGCUUUAUAGACUCACUGGGAAAUUCAUCUAUUCUGUGAUAGAUCGUAGUAUUUUUCAUUUACCAGGAAUAAGACUAUUUCUCUCCAUCCAUCACGCUGAUCAUCCUACAAGAGAAAAAUGUAUAAAUGUUCUGAAACAAGGGCAUCUGAUGGGAGUUGCACCAGGAGGACUACGAGAGCAAAAUUAUGGAAAUAAUUACUACAAACUAAUAUGGGGAAAACGGAAAGGAUUUGCUCAUAUAGCUAUAGAUGCAAAAGUGCCAGUCAUCCCAAUGUUUACACAAAAUAUUAGAGAAGGAUAUAUAUCAUAUGGAAAUAUUAGACCAAUGAGAUGGUUUUAUGAGCGAAACCGAUGGUUAAUCUUUCCAAUAUAUGGAAUAUUUCCAGUUAAACUUAUAACCCAUAUUGGAGAACAAAUUCCAUAUGAUCCAAAUAUAACUCCAGAAAAAUUAGCUGAUAAAACUCGAACAGCAAUAGAGGCUUUACGGGACAAACACCAGAAAAUCCCAGGAAGCAUAUUGCAUGCUCUUAAGCAACGCUUUGAGACACGUAACAAAGAAAAACAGUGA